AAGUAAGGGAGUGAAAAAAUACAGCCUGUAACCCUUUAUUAGUUAGAUGGUCUACACCUAAAGAAGAAAAAUGAAGGUCGUUGUGCUUCUACUUGGCCUGUGUUGCUUCCACCAAACAUCUGGAGUGACCCACUCCCUACAGUACUUCUACACUGCCUCCUAAGUACCCAACUUCCCGGAGUUUAUUGUGGUUGGAAUGGUGGAUGGGAACCAGUUUUGUCACUAUGACAGUGUCAGCAAGCAAGCUGUGCCUAAACAGGAUUGGAUCAAAAAGCAUGAAGGCCCUAAGUACUGGGAGAGAGAGACUGGAAUUUUCAUGGGUAGCCAACAGACUUACAAAGCAAAUAUAGAUAUAAUAAAGGAACGCUUCAAUCAAACUGGUGGUGUGCACACUGUCCAGAGGAUGUACGGCUGUCAGUGGGAUGAUGAGAGCGGAGCUACAGAUGGAUUUUCGCAGGAUGGUUAUGAUGGAGAGGACUUUAUCUCUAUGGAUCUGAAGAACCUGAGAUGGAUUGCCACAACACCGCAGAGUGUCAUUACAAAGCAGAAGUGGGACAAUGACAGAGCUUUUAAGGAGAGUCGGAAGAACUACCUCUCCCAGAUCUGCAUUGAGUGGCUGAAGAAGUAUUUGCAGUAUGGGAGCAGCACUCUGGAGAGGAAAGUUCACCCAGAAGUCACUCUCAUCCAAAAGGACUCUGCAGUGGUGUGCCAUGCUACAGGCUUCUACCCUGAGGGAGUGAUGAUCACCUUGAAGAGAGAUGGAGAGGAGAUGCUGGAUGAUGUGGAUGUGGGGGAGACACUGCCCAAUGAGGAUGGAACCUUCCAGAAGAGAGCUGUGCUUACCGUGUCACCUGAGAUGAAGAAGGGGCAGUACACCUGUGAGGUGGCCCACAAGAGCGGACCUCCUACUUUUAAGACCCUGAUUGUGGAAGAUGGCAAUAAUAUCCUUGGUAUCAUCAUUGGCUGUGUUGUGGCUGCUGCUGUCGUGAUUUGUGAUGUGAUUGUCGCCAUUGUUAUGAAGAAGAAAAAAGGCUACAAGAACGCAGAGCGUGAGUACCUCCUACAGCAAUAAAACUGAUACAAUAAGUAACUUUGACAACUUGAGAUGUUAAAACUUCUGAGAAUAACUUUUAUUUGAUAUUUUGAUAAAAUAUUGGUCAUCAAUCUCUUAUUGUUUACAUGUUUGCAUCUUUGUAAUAAAGUAAUUCUGCAUUUAUUUGAAGAGAAGGCUUUUUCUUUAUUAUCAUCAAAAUGAAUUAGAAAAGAACAUACAAGCUUUAAAGGUUGCAGUUGUAAAUUAUGUGUGUUUAAGUUUGUGUUGUGAUUCAUGGUUUUGUUUCAUAUGUGCUUCAAAUGUCUCACAGAGUCCGAUUCAGAAUCUGAUCACUCCAACGGUGACGGUAUGGUUCAUACUACUAGUUUAGACAAUUCUUUUAUGUUCUUAUGUUGCUCUUCUGUUUAGCACCUAAAAGACUUGUGUGUUUGUGUAUCCUUAGUGUAAUCAGUUAUGAGAUGUGGUCAAUAGUUUUUGUGGCGAUCACAUUUAUUUAUCUGAUAUCCUUUUGUGUAAUUUCUCUGUAGGACUUGAGGUAACUGCUGAAUGUGAAAAGUGAGGAGCAAUGAAGAAGGAUAUGCAAAUCAACAAACAGAUUUCUCUCUAUAUGCAACAUCCUACAAUAUUUAUAUCCAUGAUCUGGGUAUAAUGUUAGAUUUUAUGUCUAUUUACUUUCAUCCAGUUUUUAGCAAUAACUCAUCCUUUUCUCAAAUCUGCUGUACAAACAAAAUAAAUUCUAGUGGCAGUCAAAUCUGUUAUUGGUGUGAAGAGUAUUGAUUUGAAUAUAAUAGUAGGCAUUGUGGUUUCUUAAAUUGUAUUGUGUUGGUGUGCAGUUGUUGUUUCUUUGUAUUGCUUUGUACAAUGUGUUUUUUUAAUAUAUUUGUUUCACCAUUUGAACAUAUUUAACUAGUGGGCAAUUCUUGAUUCUAGGGUGAAACCCCCUUAUUAGACAUUCUCUGGGUGAAACAAAGAUCCAUUUUUUUCACCUUUAUUUUCUUUUUUUUUUCAGUCAGCAAUUGAAUGAGUCAAUAAACAGAUUGACUACAAAUAGACUUGAUUCACAAACAAACAAAUUUAGAAUUGUGUUAAAAAUUGAUAUUGUAGAUACUGCUGUCAUUAAUUGAAAUGUUUUACAAAAAAUAAAAUUACCAAAUUGAAA